AGGGACACCCCGGUGUCGAUGAAACAACAAGAGAAUGUUUUGUUGGAAGGAAAACUGGUGUCAUUCUUUAUUUGAUGGGAACCGGAUUGGCUGAAACAGGACUUAGAGUAGGUCUGAACAGGAACUGUGGUGCAGUUAAGAAAAUCUUUAAGGCUGAAAAUUCUACAGGGUUGCCAUUCAAACAGCAUCAGGCAUGCCGAAGUUGCAGAGCCCAAGCCACCCUGAAAUCGGGUGUCCCCUAGAAGAGAAAUUAACAAUAAAGAGUGGACCUUUGACACUGGAAUCCCCUCUUGACAAAAGCUUGGCCAAAGUUGCCCCAGGAGAAUUUGAGAUUGUUAUUCUCGGUGUCCCAGCCGGCGAGAAUUCGUUGGUCGCAGAAUCCUCAAACUUUCUGUUUUGCAGUGCAGCUGUCAAUGAAUCUAGCGGUGUAACACCUCUAGAGAGCGCUCUCCAUGAUUUAAAUGUACCUAACAAAGUCGUACCCUCACAUGGACACAGUCAUGGUCAUAGCAUAUUAGAUGUUGAAACUCUACCGGAGCCCAUAUCUGCAGUGGUGCUUUCAAGUACCUCAAAGGAAUCCGUCGUUGCCCAUUUGGAAACAGCCACAUUACCGCCUGACCCCAGUGGCACCCAGUUACCCAUUGCUACACCACAGGGUGAACCCAGUUACACCCAUUUGACCCCAGGGCCACCACUACCUGAACCCAUCAUCACCCAGUCUAAUAGUACAUCACCGCUCGCAGAGCCCACCUUAGCCCAUUUGAGUCCAUGCCUUCCCACACUCACUGGCUCGUUCAGCACAAUCAAGCGCACCAACUCUUCAGUUCCACAAAAGAAUAAACCUUCACGGGCAUCGCCUCCAAAGUUUUCAUCCCUAUUUGGUAUCCAUGGAGACAAAGUCGCAGGUUGGGCCGGACAGGUCCCCCAAUUACUGAUAGUGCCCAUUGUCUCCCUGUUCUUGACAGUUCUUAGACCGAUAAGGUAUACCGCUUGCAAAAUACAUGUACAUGUUAAAUUAUUAAUAUGGGCAGUGGGAAAGAAAUCUGAAGAUUUAUAUUUUUACCCAGAUGCGGUCAAUGCGCUGAUUUUUUUUAAUAAUGUCACAAAAAUUUCAGAACCAAAACCUCAUGCAUGUAAGUUAGGGCUGUCGAAACGUCAAACCUCUCUCUCAAAGAGACGGUUCCGUUUAAACGUUUGGUAAAAUCUGUAAACAGAUGUGGAACUUUUUUCGUAAAAUGUGUAAACGCCCCACCCUUAUUCUUUGUGAUUAAGUUUGUUAAUUGAGACCCCUCAACCCUUGGCGUACUGAUCAGUCAACAAUCUCGAUCGAUAUCCAUCAUCGAAGUCCGACAUGCAGGCCUGUGCAAUUGCCGUGCAGAGCUGGAACAUGCCCGGAGGCUUUGGAGAGGAGCACACAUCAAACUGCCCACACACAUAGCGG